AUGGCUAAUUUUUUAAUUUCUUUAUUGUUUAUUCUUUUGAUUCAGUUGCUGAAUCUGGUAACUUUGGUACCCACGACCUCUGCCACUUCACUUGUGCACUCUAUAGACGAAAACGGAGUGUUGUUAGUGCCAUCGGUGAAUAAAUAUUACCUAAGGAUCUUUGCAGAUGGAACUACCCGAGAGGAGACCGUUGAAGAGAUUUCUCCGGGGCUGCUCCAAGUCAAGGGCACCCUUCGGCAUCCUUUUCCAGGAUCCAAGUUCCUGCUGGUCGUUUAUGAAGCCGGUUCCAAUGGUUACGUGGCCAAGUAUGAGUUCCCCGUAGUACAGACUUCAAUUCAACGACUAAAUCCCGCUACCUUAAAAACAGCUGCCGGUUAA